AUGUUUGAAGGAAUUUAUCAGGGAACAACCGACACAUUGCUUCCAUUGUUGGACCAAAAUUUUCCUGAGCUCGGUGUUAUAGGAGAGAUUUGUCAAGAAGUAAAAACCGUUCAGUCAACCCUUUUGUUUUGGGGGUUGCCAAGCUCUACAUCAACAGGGAUUCUCACAAACAGAUCUGCCAUAGCCAAGCUGGACAACAAAAGUAAAUCAGACUAUGUUAGGACACCGAUCCCCAUAAGCGGACUCAAAAAGAUAUGGAGGAAGCUUUUCGAAAAUGAUGAAUCAGCCCUUCUGAUGAUCAAUCCUCUUGGUGGAAGAAUGGCUGAUUACUCAGAGACAGCAAUUCCGUAUCCUCAUAGAGCUGGGGUGUUGUACCAGGUGCUCAAGACUGUUAAUUUUUUUGAUCAAUCUUCAGACACAAGCCCUAUAUCUCUCAGUCGGAUAGCUUGGCUGGAAAGCUUGGAGAAGUUAUUAGAGCCUUAUGUGUCAAAUAACCCGAGGGAGGCUUAUGCUAAUUAUAUGGAUCUUGAUUUGGGUGUUGGAAGUGAUAGUUAUGAAGAAGCUAGUGUUUGGGGCGAGAGAUACUGGAAAAAGAAUAAUAUCAAGAAGUUGAUUCGAAUCAAGGCCAAAGUUGAUCCCAAGAGUUUCUUUAGGCACCCACAAAGUAUACCAGUUUUCUAA